AAUAUAAUCUCUUAGUUGAAAAUCACAAUGUGAAAUAAUUUAGAUUUCUGUAUUGUAUCUAAAUUUAAUUUUCAGAGGCACAUUAUUUUAUGUUUCAUUAUAUAUAACAUGUGCAUAGUGAAUUGUUUAAGUGAUGAUACAGGAUCACAAACACCAUCGCCAUGUGUAUGCAAUAAUACAUUUAAAUACAAUCAGUUUCUAAAAUACAGAGGAGCGCUUCAAUUUCCAUGCUGUUGCACAUACCUUAAUUGUAAUUUUUAUUGGGAUAAAGACUGGAGUACGAUUACAGCGACGAAAAUGGUCAUCUUUCUAUUAUUAGUAUUUGGUUUCUUUUUCGCAAUUUUAAUAUAUUGCAGAUCCUAUAGCAGAGAUACUCAUCAGAGAUAUAGUGCUGCUUCUAAUGAUAAUAUAGAUUGCAGAUCAUUACAAUCUAAUUCAAUUUAUGAACCAUCAAUGGACAGUCCACCGUCUUAUAAUGCAGCUUGCAGUGCAUCUCCUCCUUAUGAAUCUCCAUUGAAUAGCGUAUCUAUGUUUGAAGCACCACCAGUUUAUCAAGAAAGUUCGCAACAAUCUAAACGAGUAUCGCAUUCGAUUAAUCAACCAAUAAUUCCGAUCACAAAUUAUAUUUAACACAUUUUGUAGUCACGUAUUUGUAAUCAUGUCUCAUAUCUAAUUUAGUCCCAGUUAAUUAAGAAGGAGCUGAAUUAGUUACAAAUAAGAUAUCUAAAUAAAAUUUUUAUUUCAUGUGUGUGUGUGAGAGAGAGAGAGAGAGAGAGAGAG